AUGGCCCAGGCAGCCUCCCUGGCACAGCUCCAAGCAGAAGCCAGCUGCCCCAUCUGCCUGGAUUACCUGCGAGACCCAGUGACCACUGACUGUGGGCACAACUUCUGUCACUCGUGCCUCCUCCAGCGCUGGGAGGGUCUGCAGGGCGACUUCCCCUGUCCUGUGUGCCUCCAGCACUGCCCUGACAGGAGCCUCAGGAGGAACACCCAGCUCUGUCACAUGGUUGAUGUUGUGAAGCAACUUCCCAACACGGAAGGUGAGGGGAAGCAGCAGGAAGAGAAACCACUAUGUGAGAAGCACCAUCAGGUUCUCAGCCUGUUUUGUGAGGAGGACCUGGAGCUGCUGUGUCCCCAGUGCCAGGUCUCCUGUGACCACCAGGAUCACCACCUGGUGCCCAUGGAACAGGCUGCAGCCUGUCAUAGGAAGAGGCUCAAAGGCUCCAUUGAGCACCUUACAAAGCAGUUUAAGGAGGCCAAUAAGGCAUUAGAAAUGCAAGUCUCAAAAUCAUUUGAAUUGGUGAGGAAGGUGGAGAAUCAAAGGAGGGAUUUGCACUCAGAAGUUGAAUACAUUAAACAUUUCUUGGGAAUAGAGCAUGAUGAAAUUUGUGUUAGGUUACUGAAGGAAGAGAAGAGGGUUCAAGAUAAAAUAAUUGGAACAAACCACAAAAUAUCAGGCCAUGAAUCCAGAUUGAAAAUUCUGCUUAGAAAAAUAACUGAUAAGUGUGCACAACCUGAUGUGGAUUUACUGAUGGGCAUUGAAAAGAUCCAUAGCACAUUUGAAAACCUGGAGAGCCCAGCAGGCUUUUCCUAUGAAUUAAACAAGGAGAUUUUCACUCUCCCCCCACAAUAUUUUGGCCUGCACAAAAUGAUCAGUACAUUUCAGGAAUAUCUGACACUUGAUGCUGAAACUGCUCACGGCAGUCUCAUCCUUUCACAAGAUGGGAAAACAGCAACAUUUCAAAGCUUGGAACCCAACCAUGUUCAUAAUCCCAAGGCCUUUACUUCUCACCCAGCUGUCUUGGGUUCUGAGGGAUUUGAUGCUGGCAGGCAUUUUUGGCAGGUUGAAGGAAGAGGCCUGGGUGAAUUGUCCUUAGGUGUGUGUAAAGAAUCUUUCCCCAGAAAUGUUCCUAUACCACCAACCCCAGACAAUGGCUGCUGGAAAAUUCAGGUCUGGGCCACUACACCUGACACAGGGGUUUCAGGCAACUCCUGUCACAUUGGUGUUUUUCUGGACUAUGAGUUGGGAGAAGUUUCUUUUUACAACUUGUAUGAUAGAUCUAAUUUAUAUACAUUCAGUGCCAUUUUUACAGGAAAACUUAUGCCCUACUUCUCUGUUAGACCUUUUUCCACAUCAUUUAAACUAAGAAUAGUUGAAGAUGAGGUCUGA